AUGGCAUCGAACGACCAAUACGUAACCACGAAAUUGGACACCGAUUACGUGGAGGAGAAGAAUAUCGGUGUCAAUGCUGAUCCGUCCAGAUUUCUUUCCGAGUCGCAUAAAUCAUAUUUGAUUGAGCGACAUGGCACUCUGGAUCUCGACCCAGUUCCUAGCAUGGACCCGGCAGAUCCAUACAACUGGCCCCUGUGGAAGAAAACCACCAACCUCGGUCUGGUUGCGUUCCAUGCCUGUAUGGGAACUUUCACAGCCGCUGCAAUUAUCUGCGCGUAUGAAGAUAUUGCGCUCGAUGUCGGGGUCUCUUUGCAGCGGGUGAGCUACCUCACCUCCUUGCAGAUUGCUAUUCUUGGAGGUGCUCCGUUAUUCUGGAAGCCACUAUCGCAUCGCUUCGGACGGCGGCCGAUUUUCCUCCUGUCGCUACUGCUGAGCUGUAUUUGCAACAUUGGCUGUGCUAAGAGUCCGGACUAUGCCUCAAUGGCUGCUUGUCGUGCCCUGGUGGCCUUUUUCAUCUCGCCUGCCAUGGCAAUCGGAAGCGGUGUUGUAACCGAGACGUUUUUUAGACAUGAACGGGCGCGGUAUAUGGGAAUUUGGACGGUCAUGGUGACCCUAGGUGUUCCAGUUGGCCCCUUCAUCUUCGGCUUUGUCGCUCAGCGUGUUGGAUACCGCUGGAUUUAUUGGAUCUUGGCAAUUACCAAUGCCGUUCAAUUCUUCCUUUAUAUCUUUUUUGGCCCCGAGACUCGCUAUGUCGGUGCCGAGAUCGAGUCGCAAUCCUCCGUCUUAAAGCGCGAGUAUAUCUAUAUUCGACGAAUCGACCCGGCCCCGUUUAAAUUUUCCGAGUUUUACCACCCAUUGACCUUGUUCACGAACGUCCCUGUACUUCUUGCGGCAAUCUCCUAUUCGAUGGUUUUCCUCUUCUGCUCAGUGCUAAACUCUGUCGAGGUACCUCAACUGCUCCAGAGCAAGUUUGAGCUCAAUGCACAGCAACUAGGCCUCCAGUUCCUCGGCUUAAUCAUUGGAUCUCUUCUUGGUGAACAACUAGGAGGAGUUAUGUCGGAUAUGUGGAUGAAUGCUCGCGCGAAGAAGCUUGGCCACAAGCCCGCACCAGAAUACAGAUUGUGGCUGAGCUAUAUUGGGUUCCUCGUCAGCAUUGCCGGCAUGGUUGUAUUCUUGGUGUGUACUGAGCAUGCGACUGUCGGGAAAUGGAACGUGAAGCCUGUCAUUGGAACUGGGAUUGCUGCCUUUGGUAAUCAAGUUGUGACCACCGUCAUGACCACAUAUGCCGUUGAUACCUAUCCGCAGGAUGCGGGUAGCAUUGGAGUGUUCAUCAACUUUGUGCGCUCUACUUGGGGAUUUAUUGGGCCCUUCUGGUUCACGUCCAUGUUCGACAGCGUUGGCAUCGCUAAUAGCUCUGGUGUGGUUGCCGCAUUGAUUAUGGGCUGCAGCUUCUUCCCAACCGUCUUUUUGCAGUGGCAGGGUCGGAGGUGGUAUAACGACGACUCUGUUAAGAUAUGA